AGUGGUUAGUUUAGUUGUUAAGUUCAUUUAUGGAUUAUUGUAUAUACCCUUACAAUCUCCUUUGUAAUCUUCUCUUUUAAGUAAUUCUGGGAUAUACAUUUUAUUUAUUUAAAAUGGAAUCAGAGCAUUCUAUCUCACUCUCUCCGUUUGCGAAUGGCGAUUGACAAACCAUUCGUCGUCGCUAGGGACGAAAUCCACAAGACAUGUGUUGUCAUCGGCGGCUGAGGCUUCGUCGGAAGAUCGCUUGUUCUCUGAAUCCUUAAACUUGGAAACUGGAUCUUACGAAUCUCUGAUUCCGCUCAGUCUCUCAAGCUUGAUCCAUCCGAGCGCGAUUCUCCCCGCUGUUUGUUGAUCGUUCUUUGCAGAUCUACUUUUCGUUUCUUCUUUUUAUGCCUUUUCACCUCUGAAUCUUGCUAGAACGUCGAGCGUUUUUCGUUUUGGUAGUUUUUUUUGCAACGUGUAGUUGUUGGACCUUAAUCUUUUGCAGAUGAGUUUCCGUACGUCGCGUUUCAGUACGUCGCCAAUAGUUUCCAUGGCAAUUCUAGACUGGGAUAAUCGUUCGUUUUGAGUUUGGGCCCAAGAUCGUGGCUCCGUCGUCGAACUAGCUCUCUCUCAGUUUCAAGAAAGCUGAGAAGAAUUCUUCCGCUGUUCCUACGAAGAGUUCUUGGUUCCACCGCCGAACGUCCUGUCGUCUUCCUCUAUAGAUUCUCCUAUUUUCAAUUCCGAUGACACUCUUCAGCUCAUCCUCAUCUUCAUUUCCUUCGGACACCACCAUUCGCCGUAGCUCUAAUGGGUACCGCUACCGAUUCGCCCCUCGCAUUCAAAUCCGUCGCAAUCACCGAGAACUGUGGACUUUCUUGCUUGUCAACAGUAGUGUUCUGCCUGCAAACGAUAUUUGCAGCCCCGAUAUCACCUCUCGUGGAGAACUUCACCCCUUAUUUGGACACAUAAAUGAGAAGAGUAUCGCCAUUGCUGCUAAGAUCCUUACAUAUCCUUACAAAUUCAGAGUAUGGCAUCCUAACAAUGGCUUCGUACUCUGCCUCUGGAAUCCCAAGGUGACGGUUUCGCUACUGUCAUCGGCGUUGAUGGUUAUGAUAUCUUCAUUAUUGGUGCAUCGUCGCUCCAUUUCGGCAUUACUGUCGAGUCGGAUUGGGAUCGUACCCCCUGCGAGCUCGUCUCGGCUCUUAAUUCGGAUCAAGAUCUUCCUUUGCCUCAUUUGAUCCUCUCGCGGCUUUGCCUCUCGGUCCUCAACUCACCAGGUCUUCCGGUGACCUCGCGCUGUCCGGCUACUUCUCCGGCACCGGUGUCCUUAUUCCGCCACCCAUGUUAGAAUGUGGUUGCAUUAUCGGAGCUCGGUACCUCUGGUUUCUUUGAUUUUUUAGUUGCAGUGAUUAACGGUCUAGAGCCUCGCACUUCAAUUUUCUGCUUUCCUGAUUCUUGCUUCCACAUACAUUUUUUUUUUCUCUCUCCCAUAUUCUGCUCUGGAAUUUUGGGAAUUUUCUGCUCUAAAAUUUUGGUCUGGAAUUUUCUUGAAUUCUCCUAUGGAAUUUUCUACUCUACGAUUCUGCAUAUAUAUAUUCUGCUAAAUUCUGCUCUAA